AUGGAUGAAUUACCAGACCAUUUAGUUUGCGACAUACUCAAGAAGCUUCAGAAAACCAUUGACAGAAACUCUGUUUCACUCUCUUGCAAGCGUCUCUAUUCGCUAGACAACGAACAACGACAUUCUCUGCGGAUCGGUUGCGGUCUAGUUCCUGCAGCCGAGUCAUUGCUCUCUCUCUGCAAUAGGUUUCCAAAUCUAACCAAAGUAGAGAUCGUAUAUUCCGGUUGGAUGUCGAAACUUGGGAAACAACUCGACGAUCUCGGUCUUCUUGUCCUCUCCACCAAUUGCCAUUCCCUCACUGAUCUCACUCUUAGCUACUGCACUUUCAUUACUGAUGUUGGCAUUCGUCAUUUGUCGUCGUGUACUGAGUUUUCUUCGUUGAAGUUAAAUUUCGCUCCUCGAAUCACCGGUUGUGGCGUAUUGUCAACCGCAGUAGGAUGUAAGAAACUCAGGAGGCUUCAUCUCGUUCGAUGCCUAAACGUAGCAAGUGUCGAAUGGUUAGAGUAUUUCGGAAAGCUUGAGAUACUAGAAGAACUCUGCAUCAAGAACUGCAGAGCAAUUGGUGAAGGCGAUUUAAUCAAGCUGGGAAAUAGCUGGAGGAAGCUUCGAAUUCUGCGGUUUGAAGUAGACGCUAAUUACAGGUACUUGAAGCUAUAUGAUCGGUUAGCUGCGGAACGGUGGCAAAAGCAGUUGGUUCCUUGUGACAAUCUGAUAGAACUCAGUCUUGGUAACUGCAUCAUAACUCCAGGUAGAGGUCUCGCUUGUGUGUUGAGUAAAUGCAAGAAUCUUGAGAAGCUUCAUUUAGACAUGUGUAUCGGUGUCAGCGACUCGGACAUUGUAGCAUUGGUCCAAAAAGCUAAACAUCUAAGAAGCAUCUCGCUCCGAGUCCCAUCAGAUUUCACUCUGCCUCUCUUAAACAACAUAACCUUAAGAUUAACCGAUGAAAGCCUCAUUGCCAUAGCUCAACAUUGCUCGAAACUCGAAUCUUUCAAGAUCUCGUACUCGGACGGAGAAUUCCCUUCUCUGUUUUCUUUCACCGUUCAGGGGAUAAUCACACUGGUCCAGAAAUGUCCGAUUCGCGAGCUUUCUUUAGACCAUGUUUGUUCUUUCAACGACAUUGGCAUGGAAGCUCUGUGUUCAGCUCAGAAGCUAGAGAGCUUGGAGCUUGUACAAUGCCAAGAAGUGAGCGACGAGGGGUUGAUACUAGUGAGCCAGCUUCCUUGUCUCAAUGUGUUGAAACUAUCAAAGUGUUUGGGAAUCACAGAUGAUGGAUUGAGACCACUUGUUGGAUCACACAAGCUUGACUUGCUUGUGGUUGAAGAUUGUCCUCAGGUUUCUAAAAGAGGUGUUCAUGGUGCUGCAACUUCUGUAUCCUUCAGGCAAGACUUGUCAUGGAUGUAUUAA